AUGUAUUGGAAACUCACAAUUUGUUUCAUUAUUUCAAUUUUGUUCUCCAUCAUUCACGGUGGAAGUCUUGCUACUGCAGAUAGCAAAGAUCACAAUUGCACGUUGGGAGAUGGACUCAAAGCGAUUUCUUGUGUUUUUAGAAUGCAAGAUUUUCUCGAGAAAAUCGAAAGCUUGAAUCUGGACAAUAAAGCAGAUACUGCCGGUUUCAAAAGUUCAUGUGACUCUCUUCAAAACUGUUUCACAGCUCUCGACUGCAAAACUUCGCCGACUGAUAAAGAAACAUCAGAUAUUUCUGGAAUGAUCAAAACAUAUUGUGACACGAUUGUCUACAUUUCAACGGACUUUGUGGAAUGUAGUGAUAAACUUGAAGAUAAAUCAUCUCAAUGCUUCGAAGACUGGGAUCCAUUUCCAGAAGAUAUUUCAAAAGAAACAGAUGAAAAUAAAAAAGAAGAGAAGAGAAAAUUGGCUUGCAAGAACUUUUUUGGAAAGGAUAACUGUUUGAAGGAAGAGAUAACCGAAACAUGCAGUGAGGAACAUUGGAAGGGAUUCAAAAAUCAUUUCGUCUCACUCAGCAACAUAACCAGACAAUGUCAUUUUGAUGAACUUUGA